UUUGAUGCUGUCACAAAUACAUCAGUAUCUUCAGACUGGUGUGCGUGCAAUGCGGUCUGAUUCGCAUUGAUGACGUCAUAAGAGUUGUUUGGGUUGCAAUUACGGAAGAGUUUUUGAUUUAGAUAACUUUUGUUUAAUGAAAAAAUGGCCAAGUGCUGCAUAAAAUCCUGCAAAAUUUCGCAGGUCGACGCUAAGAAGCAAAAUAGAGCAGUGAGUUUUCAUCAGCUACCGAAGGAACCCGCGGUACGCAAAAAAUGGCUCGCGUUCUGUGGCCGUAAGGAUGGAUCCGGCAUAUACGUGUGCUCCCAGCAUUCCGAAUUGACGGAGUUUGUCAAUGUUUAUAUGGAAAACGCAAAGAGGGUUCUUAUAAAAUCUGCUUGCCAUCCGUUCGUGCCCUCCAACUGAGUCUGCUCGAUCCAUCAGAGCUUAAGUGAGGAACCGGAAGCAAGUGGUCGAAGAACUUCUACAGAGAAAUGCAAACUUGGGGAUCAGUUGAAGUCAUCGCCCUCGAUUACAAUAAAGGAUCUUCUAAGAUGGUUAUUCAACGACGACGGAACAAUCCACGGUAAAAAAAAAACGUUCUGUAACAACCGAAUCACGCUGAAAAAAAGCCAUUCAAUACUCAUUUUGAGAUGGGAAAUUCACUCAACAAGGAUAUAUGUUUCACCUUUUAUACGAGCGUUCACUAUCUUCAGUAUUAUAGUACUUUAAUCAUGUUAAUUUGACAACUUUUUCAGUAAACUGUAUUACGCACUGCAGCCCCGAUGAUGUUAUGACGUCAUCACUGUAAUACACACAAUGUUUACGUUUUUUCGAUCACCUAUACCACGGCAAACCGAGUUCAUCCACACCUCUACAUCUAGCUCAUGGGGUUGCACCCCGUAAAAGUUGUCAGUGUUGGGAGUAAGCAUAAGGGUGAGUAUAGCAACCAUAUAUUUGCUUCGUCCCGGGUAACGAUUCUGUUUGUUUAUUCAAAAAAAGUUUUGCCCCGCGCGAGUGGAGAUAAACGAAAACGGCAUAACUCUAGAUUUGUUUUAAACCAGGGAGGUGGCAAUCUAGUUCUUCUUUCGAACAACAAUCUUUUUCUUUUUUUCUAUCCAUCGGGAGAGACGUUUAUGGUGUAUUCCUCUCAAAGCAGUACGAAGUCUCAAAAGUCAAAAUUUCAACCAAUGAGGAAUCAGAAUGAUUGAUGUGUUAGUGUGCUAUCAACAAUACUUCUCUAGCAUUUGACAUUUAGUUCGGGUCCUUGACAGCAAAAUGUCAGGUUUGUUAUGGGCCCACAAAAUCGUGGGCCCGUAAUUUUGAUGGUUGUCAAAUUCAAUGACAAAGGAUAGGGAUGCCAUCUCCCUGUUUUAAACUGUUUAAAUUCCAAGAUGGCUUCUGUAAAAAAAACACUGCGACUGGUAUCAAAGAACGAAGCUGAGCGGAAAGUGUUGGGAACCAAGUUCUGCCAGGAAGGAAGUCGGGAAAAUAAAGAUAAGAAGCCGCCUCUAUCCGUAAUCGCAAUUGACGCUAUCUCCCGAGAAACCGUUGGGAAUACAGAAAAGAAGAAGAAGAUGGCUUCUGAAAACAAAACACUGCGACUGGUAUCAAAGAACGAAGCUGAGCGGAAAGUGUUGGGAACCAAGUUCUGCCAGGAGCGCCAGGAGACUGUCAAUGCAGAACAUCCGGGUGCCUGGUUUAACCGUCCGGAAAAUAAAAAUAAGAAGCCGCCUCUAUCCGUAAUCGCAAUUGACGCUAUCUCCCGAGAAACUGUUAGGAAUAUGGUAAAGAAGAAUCUGAAGACUGGAUUGGACCCUGCUCUGGUUACGACAUUUAUUUACAAUGAGUUUUGUGCGAAGCCUGCUGCAUUGAGUGCGGACUGGGUGUCUUUCAAUCGAAUGAUCGGAAAACAAGGACAAAUGAUAUCUUUGAACGAUAUCUUUGAUGUCAAGGCCCAAGAAAAUUACCCACCUGCAGAAACUGUUGCUGACCAAUAUAAAAUGAAAGAUACUGAAGUUUUGAGUUACCUCAUUGCGUUAAUCGGAGUUAUCCGGAUUAGCCCUGCAAUGGAGGAGACCUACCGAGACACAUUGAAGGAGAAUCUGAAGGCUUUGAUCAAUGCAGCUGGAACCGAGAUUGAGCUAACUGAGAUAGGUGCAGAUAGGGACAGGCUGACAUCAUACUCCGAAUAUCGGAAAGUCGUUGCAGGGGUUGACAUGUUUUUAUGCGAGUUCCCUGCACACCCGUUCAAAACGGCCCGAUAUGGAAGCAUAAUCACUCGCUGCAGAGAUUCCCGAAUAUAAAAAUACUGUUACCAAACAGUUACUAUAAUAGUUAUACAACUAUUCGGAACAGCGUAAAAAAACUUUUAGAAAACGAUAACUGACAUCGUAAAAAACAUUCCACUAAUUGUGAAUUCCAAAACGACGGUCCGUUGAAUAUGGCGUUAAGUUAUGUUACUGUUAAAAACUAUUAAAACACUUAUAUUGAAGAACUGUUCAGCAAACAGUAGAGACAACGUUCAAAUACGCUCAUGAAAAAGGUAUUUUUGGCAUCGAACUGUUUUUGUUACAGUUAUUCUUAAAAUUUCCUCGUAACUGAACAUUUACAGUAAUAGUCGCAAAACGAUUCGAUAUGACGUUCUUCCAACGUUAUGCGUAUACUGUAUUCUGAAUCGUAUAUGGGAAUGAUGCACGCACACACACAAACUUUUUUUCUUUAAGUGAAAAACAAACUCAUUUUUUUAAUUUUUAUUAAUGUUCAUUUUAUUCACCUGUAUCAUUUGUAUAUUUGUUUGAGCUCCUUCACUAUGUCUAAUUACAAAAACACGGGCCGUGCGUUGGCGUAGCUGCUGGUCACUGCUGGAACCGAAAGUCGUACGGAACAUUGCUCCUCCCAACGUGACGACAUUGCAGCUCCAGCUCCCGUCGCUGAAAUAAAAAAAACACUUCUUCAUACCUUUGCAUCGAUAUAUACAUAAUGAUAAUAAAACUUACCUGUUGCGAAAAUUGAUGGUGUCCUUAUUCCUGUUUAUCCAACCGUCUGUCCGUCGGUUGGACCCUAUCCGGAGGGAAAUUUUGUCGCUGCUAGAGGAAGGAGCUGAACAUUUUGAACGAGUAAAACAAAGAGUUGUUGUUUUUUUAGUGUUCUUCUUCCAGUUGUCAGCCAGUGAUGCCGACUAGACCGACUUUAAAAAAUUGUGCCAAUAUGAAAUUAAAAUGUGAGAAUAUAAAAGAUUUAAAACUUUGAUGUUUCAGUGUCGCCUGUAAGCAUGUAUGCUAGCCUACACACCAAAUUUGUAAUUGCUUGUUGUUUUUUAACAUGCAAUGAGCUAAAAUCAAAAUUAAGUCCAUGGAUUCGUAUAGAAAAAUUCAUAAUUAUCUUUCAUUACCUUACUUGAAGCGUUAACAUUUGUUAAAAGCAUUUUGUAAAUCAAAGAGAUAACCUCGUUUAGUAUGAUGAUAGUUAAAAAAAUUAAAACUUUUUGUAAAUGUGUACUAAUUUUGUACAAAACCAUCUGGCAUCCCUGACCGGGCGUUUCGUUCAUUUUGACGUAAAUGACAGAAGAGAUGAACGGUAUGUGUAACGGUUCAAGUUCGGUUUUUAUGAUUAAAGAAAAGUUGAAGGAAAUCGUUAAAUCAUUCUACCACCUUUCCAGAUAUCAUCACGUUUUCACAUAAUCGUACAUAUUUCGUUCUUAUCGUUGGAGAAGUAAAGUUUAAAAGAACAGCUACGUUUACAGAUACAAUCACAUUUACUGAAGCCGUUGAUGUAUUGUUUAAACUGUUUGAGAUAUGGUUUUUUAGUAUGCGGGUUGUACAGUCCCGUUGGCUCUAGCAAAAAUGAGGAAAAGUAUUAUUCCGUUGUAAAAAUAUCACAUUAAAAAAUGAGGAAAAGAUAUGGGAUGGAGUCAAAUGAUAUAAAAAGAUGGCUCUGGACAAAGGGUCUUCAAAAGGAAUUCGUGAAUGUUAUGGAGGACGGUCACGAGUUAGACGAUCCCCGUUCUUAUUCCAUGUAUUUUAUGGAAAUGCAACUAUCUAGUAAAUCACCUUACACAGCAACGAUGAAUCCUAAUCUUUUUCUAUUUAUACAUGUGGUUGGCAGUUUUUCUUUGCAACAACGAUCACUAAACGCUCGUUACCUAGCAGGCGCCGACGAUGAGAAUGUUGUCAAAAAUGCUAUUGUCAUGUUUCAUGCGAUGUGUACUGCUCCGGGGGAAAUCAUGGCAGCGGAACCUUCUACAUCAAAUGGUCUAAAGUGGCUGAAGUGGGUCUGUAACUUGAACGGAAUAGUCCCUCGGAGGUUGUAUAGAGAAGCAUAUGCCCGAUCGGCCCAGAAAGCUGACUGUCGUGAGGGAACAAUUGGAGAACGGUUGUACGCAUAUGCGCAAGCUUACAGGCUACAACAAGAAGAAUAACAAAUCUAUGCAUUAUAAAUAGAUAUUUAGUAAGUAAUACAUACAUGAAAAAAUAUAAUUUCAAGUUAUUUAAAAUUAUUUACUACGUUAUUUAAAAACAUUGCAACGAAAAAAGUCGUAAAAAAAGAAAAAAAUCAAAUGUUUAAAUGGCAAAAAUGAAGCAAUCAAUGUAUCUUCUAUAUAUAUUGUUAGUAUUAAGACAAAUUCGAUGGUUGCAAACUGAGCGUGAAGAUCAUCAGCUGUUAUGGCUCAACAUAAACAGCCAGUCUAGAAAAACCAGAAAAGGUUUCGUGUGAUCUGGAGAAUAAAGAUUCUGUCUCUUUGGAUUCAGACCUCAAACUAAUCAGAAGUGUUUUAAGUUAACAUAUAGAGAAAACUACCUAAACUUACAGUGGCGAACGAGGAGAAUUUGAGUAGCCGGUCAAUUUAGACGCUACCCGAGGCUUUUGUGUUUGGAAGCUUUGUCGACGCCACCCAUCGCCAUUUCUGACGCCGCCAUUCGCCAUUAGCGACGCCGUCCACCAUAAAGGGACGCUGGUGUUAUCGUAUUGUAGAAUUGGAAUUUUGUUUAUCGCCGCGCCGAAUUGGGGUGCCGGAAGUUCCUGGUGUUGUUUUUCGAUUUAUUCGACGUUGGAUUUUGAGAACAUAGAAUCGGAUCGCUCUGGGGGCACAUGUGAUCUCGGCUCACAGGGGGCAGAUCAAAAAGGCGCAAAAUGAACAUAGGCGCAAUGCGG